AUGCUCUUCAUGAAUUUCUUCCAAGCGGCAAGCAUCGGUUUGGCUUUCUUGCCGAUUAUCAUUAUCCUCCAUUCGGGUCAGGUUGCCCUUGUCGAUGGUGGCGGGCCAGUCAACUGCAUUUCGCACUUCGAUAGUGAAGACGGAAGCAAGGACGUUUCCUGCUGGGUGGACAGUCAAACAAAGCUCACGUGCCCGAAAACUUCCUGCAACUCUCGUCUGUAUCCGGAGCGCCACUACGGUCAAAUCGUAUAUUAUGGCUGUCAGAAUGACGAUGUUAGACAGUACUGGAAACAAGUCAUUCCACGUAACUAUCACCAUUACCCUACCGGCGACAACAAAUGGCGUCGUGGUCAGAAGGGAUUUGUCGCUGCCUUUGACGGUCGCUCUCAGACUUGGUACAACUGCGCAUACGAUUUCAAUAAUGAUAACAAGGACACCUAUAGUGAGUCUCUUUGCGCUUAG